CAAUUACAUCGAUUCUGAACUACGUCCAACCAAAUACUCUUGCCCUUUUCCUUUCUCUUUCAAUUUUAGUGGAAACUCAUCUUCUCUCCGGUGGACUAACAUAUGGCGGUGGGUGCUUACCGGAAGGACACCAACACUGUGCAGCUGGAAGUGAUGUCGCCGGAUCUUACUCCCGUCUUCGCGGAAAUCCCUCUCAACGAAUAUGAAGCUCCAGAAGAUAUGCUUCCUCCAAAUGCUAGCAGUACAUUGUAUGUAGAGGGUUUGCCUGAGGACUGUACAACAAGAGAGGUGGCACACAUAUUCCGCCAUUUUGGAGGUUACAAAGAAGUUAGGCUCGUACCAGAACCAUCAAUAUAUCCUGGAGUCAAUACCUUGAUUCAUUGCUUUGUUGAUUUUGUGAGUCCGCUUGAUGCAGCUGCUGCAAUGGAUGCCUUACAAGGUUAUAAAUUCGACCUUGAUGAGCAUGAUUCAGGCAACUUAAUGCUGCAAUUUGCUCGCAAUCCUGGUGUGACGUCAGCUGGAGGGGAUUGUUGAAACUAUGUGUAUUUACAGGACUUGCCAUGUUUGGAGAGCGACAUCAUGCUGCAAGCGUGUUUCUCUGAUCAUGUAUAUUAACUGUAGCUGGUGCUUAGCAGUUUGAAGAUAAAGUUGCUUGUCAGAUCAAAUAUAAUAGUUUAAAUUUCUUUUUAAAAUUUGCUACAACUUAUGACAUUAUGAACUUGU